AUGAUAAAAGGUUACUACAACGAUAUUUUACAAACAAUAGAAGAUUUUUCAUUUUUGCGAAACAUAGUAAUUCCUGUUCUUAUGGUAAUAUGGGUCUGUAUGUUGAUAAGAAUAGCUCAGGAUUGUAUCAUCUUCAUAAUAUACUACGUCCAAGAUGAGGAUGAUGAAGAUGUUGGUCAAGGAGAUGGGCCAACAUUGGACACUAUUGAAGAACUUACACAUCCGAGAAUUGAUCCUAGGGUAACAGUUUCUGAACCUCUAAUGAAACAUCGUCACAAGAAACGGUCACGAACAAAGAAGAACAAUGGUGGCUCUGAACCUGAUUUUAGACAUAAAAAGACAGCUAGAGUACAAAAAGCCUUUUCUGCAGUAACUUUUAGAGAUAGAACUAACAGUUUGAGUGACUUUGCAACUCGUGGUUCUGUCGUCGAACACAACCGACAGACAGCUGAUGAUAUGAUUAUGAAUGAUGACAUUUAA